ACUCAAUUUAGACCACUGGUACCACCGCCACGUAUGGUACCACCACCGGGAGUAAUGGCUGGAGCAAAUUUCAUGCCGCCACCAUCCGCAUCAUCGGGACGUUGGAUGGCACUGGCGCCACAACGCCAGCCAUCACCACGGAAUUCACCGUCCGAACAAGGUGGCCCACCGGAAACUACCGCAAUAUCGAAGCUGCAAGAUAGUCCCACUGAGGGCUUGAAAAUUGUGGCUGAUGAUGAUUAG